AAGAAGUCCUCUGAUUGGUUCCCGUUUGCCCUUGCUUGGAACGGCAGUGAAUUGUAAAAUAUCUUUGAACUGUUUACCUUUUUAAGUUUUCAAUUAUUUAUGCUUUAGUUUUUUUCCCCCUACAAAGAGGAAGUGUAAAGGCAGCAGUGGCGUGGUGUUUUGAGGUAGCCUGGGUUAAAAAGAAUUGAGCGUGUCUUCGCUGCCUUCUUUGCUGUGGUCCAGGCCGAUCGACACCAUUGACUUUCUUCCGCCAGCAUCCCACAGUAACACAGUAAGAAAAUGGCUUCACACUAAAUAUUGCGCUCUCAGGUUUGUGCUGAAGACUGUCGUUCUACUGGAGAGACGUUUUUCAUGCUAACAUCCAGUUAGCUAACCGCUUUGCCAAAAAUAUUUAGCGGAAAAGCGAACGUUUUCUUCCGCGUUAUUAGUUUGCCCCUCUGGACCGCAUUCCUGGAUGACAUUCUAUCCAUCCAUCCAUCCACCCAUCCAUCUUUCCCUGUUUCCUUAUUCCCUCUAUAUUGAGGAUGCUUUCAACACACUCUAUCUACCCCAUUGGCUAAUGAUUGACAGUGUCGGCGUAGAUGUUGUCUCUGGGCUGAACUAAGUAAUUAAGACACACGCAGGGGGCGAGGCAGUGAGGAAGAAAACGUGAACAGAGGUGUGAGUUUUGGAUUCACAACCAGUAUUGGUGACGUGUUUUCAGUAGUGACUGGGAAUGCUACCAGUAACAGAUCCUGCUUUGCUCAAGCGUAUUUCUCCGUGUCCGGAUUAACUUCUGACUGUCAGUAAGAUAAGUGUGACUCAUGGAAGGAUGCCAAGAUCCUGGCAAUAGAGGGAUGAUUUAAAAAGCUCCUGCGGCUGGAUGAAUGAAGGACUGAGCGGACGGGCGGCGUUAAGAUUACCGCAUGGAAACUUUCGGGUUCAUUUUACGGGAUGCUGUGUUUUCAAUGACCCUUUGCUUGUCACAGUGACUCUCAUGGAGUGAAAAAAAUAAUAAUAAUAAUAAUAAUAACUUGAAAAUAUCAGUUUUUAAUUGAAACUUGUCGACUGGAUUCAUAGUACUUUGGCAGCUUAAACAUGGCACUUUAUGUGGAAGGUCUGAGUGAAAGAGUGCCCCACAAAGGCAUGGCUCAGUUUCAGGAAAUGAUGCGGCAGCAGCUGGAGAGCUCCAUGGACGCAGAGCUGGAGAAGCUGGUGGACACGGUCACGGGGGCCGACAGAGACGUCUGCAUGAAGGACUUUAAGGGCUUCAAGAACCUCUUCCACAGAUUCCUGCAGGUGAAAGGCCCGUCUGUGGAGUGGAUCAAGAUAAAACGGCCUCCAGAAGACUCGAUCCAGCCGUACGAUAAGAUCGCAGCCCGGGGUCUGCCGGACGGCGUGGCCGCCAGCCUCAACAAGCUGGUGGUGGUGAAGCUGAACGGCGGUCUGGGCACCAGCAUGGGAUGCAAGGGCCCCAAGAGCCUGAUCAGCGUCCGCAACGAGAACACUUUCCUGGACCUGACCGUGCAACAAAUCGAGCACCUGAACAAGACGUACAACACUGAUGUCCCACUGGUCCUCAUGAACUCCUUCAACACAGACGAAGAUACUAAGAAAAUCCUGCAGAAGUACACACACCACCGGGUCAAGAUCCACACCUUCAACCAGAGCAGGUACCCCCGCAUACACAAAGAGUCUCUCCUCCCCGUGGCCGCAAACCUGAGCAUGACAGGCCACAACGCGGACGCCUGGUAUCCUCCCGGUCACGGCGACAUCUACGCCAGCUUCUACAACUCCGGCCUGCUGGACAAACUCAUCGCGCAGGGAAAGGAGUACAUCUUUGUGUCCAACAUCGACAACCUGGGAGCCACCGUUGACCUGCACAUCCUGCACCACCUGGUCAGCCAGCCCAACGGCAAGCGCUGCGAGUUUGUCAUGGAGGUCACGGAUAAGACGCGCGCCGACGUCAAGGGAGGCACCCUGAUCCAGUACGAGGGGAAGCUCCGCCUCCUGGAGAUCGCCCAGGUGCCCAAAGCUCAUGUGGACGAAUUCAAGUCGGUUUCAAAGUUCAAGAUCUUCAACACCAACAACCUCUGGAUCUCUCUGGCUGCCAUCAAGAGGCUGCAGGAGCAGAACGCCAUGGACAUGGAGAUCAUCGUCAACCCCAAGACGCUCGACGGAGGGCUGAACGUCGUCCAGCUGGAGACGGCGGUCGGCGCGGCGAUCAAAUGCUUCGACAACGCGAUGGGGAUAAACGUCCCCCGCAGCCGCUUCCUUCCCGUCAAAACCACGUCGGACCUGCUGCUGGUCAUGUCCAACCUGUACAGCCUGGAGGCCGGCUCCCUCACCAUGAGCCCCAAGAGAGAGUUCCCCACCACGCCGCACGUCAAGCUGGGCAGCUCCUUCACCAAGGUUCAGGAGUACCUGACCCGCUUUGAGAGCAUCCCCGACAUGCUGGAGCUGGACCACCUGACCGUCUCUGGAGACGUCACGUUUGGGAAAAACGUGUCGCUGAAGGGCACCGUCAUCAUCAUUGCCAACCACGGCGAUCGGAUCGAUAUUCCAGCCGGCUCCAUGCUGGAAAACAAAAUAGUGUCUGGCAACCUCCGUAUCCUGGACCACUGAGGCCUUUUCCCAGCCGCCGCGCCGCCCCCUUCACUGUGCAGCCCUGAUCAUGUGACCUGUCCUCCUCGCCAGACCUGCUUGUCCUGUUUAGCCACUAAGAAAACACGGAGAGGAUUUCUCUUCUCUGGAGGUUGAAACUGGGAUCUGCUGCCCUCUGCUGGCCGAUGAGCAUAUAAUCGUUAGGAAAGUGUUAAUAAGUUAGUCCUAACUGCGACCUUAAUAAACUUGAUUUAUAGAUUAACAAAAACAUCUAACUAAAGCAACUUAAAAAAAAACUAGAUUACAUUUUUUAUUCUGUAGCUACUAGAUUCAAUGGUGGCAUUAAAAAUAUAAAAUAUUAAGCACUUAGCAGUGGCGAUGCAACUAAUGCAGAGGUCAGGACAGCUUAAUUAUGGAGACAUUUUAAAAAUGAAUCACAAGAAACACAACGUCACGGCUCUCCGCAGCUCGAUGGAGAGCCGUAAAACUCCCAAAACUCGCUUUACGGGAUUUAGCGACACGCACUUGAAUGCAUCAUGCCAAAACCUUCAAAAUUCAAGUUCAGUCACAUCUCAGAGUUUACAUGUUUUACCUGGGAUGACCGAAUAUUGUGUGAGCUUGUUGAAAACGUGACGCUCACAUGCUGAAACAUAACUUGAACCCCGAUUGAAAUUAGUUAAAAAUGUUGAAAAUAAGUGAAUUUUUACAGUUUUACGUGAGACCUACAUGAUGCAUUUGAAUCCACUGUUUUGAAAUCAGAUCGAUAUUUAAGGACCAGAGGCUUUGAAGGAAUCCAGGAAUGUUUACCUCACCUGUUAAAACGUUAAAAAGUUUCACACACAGACACAAACGAAGAUAAAAAGAGCGUGUGGAGCUGAGUUGGAGAGCAAGUGGUGAUUUUUCACUUUAUUCACCUGAAAACGGAUUCGCUUCACACAUGCAAGUUCUCAUUCAGCUUCAUUGAAAUAUAAAAUCUAUCAUCAUAGCGGCUUUCAAUCUAAGAAAGGUACAUUUUUGAGAGUGUGGAGCCACUAAAUAACCCUGAGGUGAUAAAGGAUGAGCCGAUUGUCUCUAAAAACCACAAAAACUGUGAGAGAUCUUUCUGUACUUCCAUUGCAGACGUUCAGUUUCCAACAGAACUGUCUCGAAUCGAAGCUCAUGUCAUGUUUUCAUGUUCUUACGGCAGAAAACCCGACAGGACCGACAUUCAGGCACGUUGUAUCUUUAUGUGUUUGUAGACAAUGUGUCAGUUUCAAUGGAGAGCCAUUACUUUAACCAUAUAAGGUUAAACAAAAGGCAUUCUGUCGUGUUGUCUCACUCAUCCAGUGCUGUUUCCAUAAUAUGCUGUAUUUCCUGUUUCUUUGGUUUACACCCAAAAUAGUUAUUAUUCAUUUUAAAACCAUGUACACCAAGUUCUUUUGUCUUUUCUUUUUCUUUUUGCGUGGUAAUACUUGAGAUGGGUUUGGCUGGUGCUGCAUACAAGGAGCAAUAAGUGUUGAUCUGUGACGGCAACAACGGUCCCAGUUCUGCCUCCUCAGAGCUGAAUAAAGUGCAAUAUGAAGUACCGAA